AUGGCGGGGACCGAGCUGCUGGCGGAUGACUCGGAGCCAGCACUGGGUCUCUCUGACUUCUUCCAUCUUGAUGUUGGCGGCUGGGUGUUCUCCAUCCCCACCAUGGCACUCGCUGUCUUCCGGGAAUCUGUUCUGUGGCGAGAGGUCUGCUGCUUGACUCCAACUGAUAGCAGAAGGAUUUUUCUGGACCGGGACGGCUUUGUGUUCAGACACGUUCAUCAUUUCCUGCUCACGUCGCAGCUCUCAUCAUCGUAUCUGGUCGAUCUAGAUGUUUUGUAUGAACAAACCAAAGCAGUAGGUCUUCAGUCAAUGACGGAGGAUUUGACUAAGAAAUGGUCGGCUCAACGUAUAGUGGACCCGCCAGUUUCCCGCUUGGCUAAACAUACUACCUUGCCAAUGGCGUAUGGGGCUUCUUUCUCUGAUAUCAAGAAAAUGGAAGCCUUUUCAAAAUCUGCCUUUGAAGCAGUGGGCACUGCGCUGCAGCCGGUGUUUGCCUCUACUUGGGCCCUAGAAAAGUUAAAAGAUGAGGAACCCCAACAGCGCAUGCAGACAAAACCAGACAUGUCUGUCACUGAGAAAGCAGCCAUUAACUACUGGAAAACUCGUAAAUGUAGCAGCAGACUCUGUGAGCUGCCUCUAAAAAGUUCCCUUUUCCCAGGCAAUCAAGACAAAGCCCCCCUUGGACUCUUACACAAUCCUUUUCUUGACGUCCUGCAAGAUGUUCCUUACUGUUUCCUUCCCAUUGAUAUGCUGGAGAAAUACCCUGGACUGCUCACAGAUGAUAACUUGCUGUGGUUCGCUGAGAAUUUUGCUUUGAUUGAAUGUGGAUGUCAGGAAUUCCGAUUCAUAGGAUAUGUACAUGGUAGUAAUCCAGAGACAGCCCUGUUCUCCAGUACCAGUUCAGCUGGCAGCAAAGGAGAACGUAAAAAAGCAACAAAGCCUUUCUACAUCCUGGCACUGGAGUUAUUGGCUAAAUACCCAGACUCUUCUCUAGGCCAGCUGAGCAUAGAGAGCAGUGUAGAUGGCAACAAGCUGUAUAUCACCGGCACUGGGACCCUCUUUCUACAUGUAAAGAACUGGAUGGGAACAUGCAGACUUCCUUUGACCAGAAGCUUUUUAGAGAUUUAUGCUCUGUGCACUUUUCUGGACAAAGAAGAUGCUGUGUAUCAGUCGAUGAGAGAAGCUGUCAGAUCCUACCUGAAGUCUAGGACCAGGGUGGAUGGGAGAAUACUGUGUAACUGGACAGCUGAUGUAAGAGCGUUCCCGAAACAUCAGAUCGUCAGAGUCUAUGUUAGGAGCCACUGGUAUGCUACAUACUUGAAAACACUGCUGAAGUAUCCUGAGCUGCUUGCCAACUCCAGGAAAGCAUGUUGGAUCACUUGCGGCUUCUCCUUGUUAGUGAAUGGCGAUGGAGAGAUGUUUAGACACAUCCUGAACUUCCUGAGACUGGGAAGCCUCCACCUUCCAUCCGAGUUCAUAGAAUGGGACAUUCUUUGUCAGGAAGUAACAGAGUUUCAAAUCCCAUCCCUUGUGAAAGCUCUAUAUGAGUGCAAGGCUUACAGAUUGUGGGUUAAAGGACGCAGAUGUGCCCACCACUUAGAGGAUCCUAAACUGGAGGUUAUGAGUUGGUUUUCAUCUGCAGACGAACUCCAUGUUAUAAGAAAUGUACAAGAGAACAUAACUGUAACCUCCAAAGGGCUUGUCCCCGAUAAGUUAGGAGAGUUAAGGAGUCCAGCUGUAAAUCUCAGUCAUUUUCUUCAUAGUAAUGAGGGUCGGGAAGUGGAUGAAACGGUAGAGGACUGCACUGACUAUACAGCUGCGAGUGAAAGCAGCACCACAAUCUCUGCCUGUCAUCAGUGCAUACCCCCAGCAUGUGGUACUUUUCUAGCAUCAGAUAGAGGGAACUCACUGAAGUAUCACAUAGGUGGAGAAGGACUUCUGUACUCAGGAUGCAGAGGGGAGAUGCAGCAAGAUGGGCCUACAGUAAAGGAAGUAAUGCAGGGGUUCACUCCUGCAUGUGACUCCAGUAGUCGACAUCAUGAAUACAGUAGAUUAACACAGACUGUGAUGCAAUGCAGCCAUCCACCACUGGAUGACAAAACGGCAUCCAAUACAGAAGCUCCAUGCCUGUUGAUAGAGAGAGGAGGACUUGGUGAUCUUGGGACCAUUCUUUGGGUACAGCACCGACCCCUGCUGGCCACUGAUGGGAGCUCAACAACUUUUGAAGACAGCAUCAUAUAUACGACUGAAAUGGAUAUCCCAAGGUGUCCUGAGGGUACAGCGGAAGAUCAGUUUUUUCUCACUUUGAAUAUGUCACAUAAAGAGAUAUUGUACGCCAGGCAGUGCCAUUCCUUCCUGAUCGGCCUAAUCUUGGACUUUAUACAGCAGGGGAACCCCAAGCCCAGUAUCUGUAACGUGAUGAGCCUUGUGAGCAUGUGUUGGGCUUUUCAGAUUCCAGUCAGACAGUUUGUCAAUAACUUAAUGGUUCCAAAGUUUUAUAAAGGAAAGAAACACACGAGAGAGGCUCUACUGUGCUGGCUAGAGUUCUCUCUGCCGUAUGCACGAAGAUAUGGCAAGUGCGUUAACAUGAUGCUGCAGAAGGGACAUCACAGGUCCGCGUCGUGUGUCACCCUGAGAAAUCUUCUAUACUAG